AAGGUGCCAUGGAGGCUGCCGCGGAGCUGAGUCGCCCAAACAGCAGUGACCAGAGCUUGGAACGGGGCUGCAGCCCUAGCCUCUCCCGAGAGGUGCUCUGCGAAACCGUGCGCUCCCUGCGCAACCUGGCUGGGCAGCUUAACCUCACAGAUGAUGUGGUGAAAAUUACAAUCGAUUGGAACAAGCUCCAGAGCCUCUCGGCAGUGCAGCCCGCAUUGCUCUUCACUGCACUUGAGCAACACGUUUUAUAUUUACAGCCCUUUUUAGCAAAACUUCAGUCUCUGAUUAAAGAAGAGAAUACAGCUGCUGUUGAAGACAUAGGAAAAACAGACCCAGGCACCGAGAAUCAAGUAAAUGCCAAACGUCCCGCUGGCGAUCUACAGGAGGAAGAAAAGCACAAAGAUGGCGAUUUAGGAGAUGUGAAAAAGGGCCAGAUCUAUUUUGACCCAGAAGUAGUUCAAAUAAAGGCUGGGAAAGCAGAAAUCGACAGGCGAAUAUCUGCAUUCAUUGAAAGAAAGCAAGCUGAAAUCAAUGAAAACAACGUCAGGGAAUUUUGCAAUGUUAUUGAUAGUAACCAAGAAAAUAGUUGUGCAAGAACUGAUGCUGUUUUUACCCCUUAUCCUGGAUUUAAAAGUCAUGUAAAGGUUUCUAGAGUUGUGAAUACUUAUGGACCGCAGACUAGACCCGAAGGAGUUCAAGGGUCAGCGCAUAAGCCUAACAGCAUGCUUCGAGACUGCGGAAAUCAAGGUGUAGAAGAACGACUACAAAAUAUUGAAGCUCACUUGCGAUUGCAGACAGGUGGUCCGGUGCCAAGGGACAUUUAUCAAAGAAUUAAAAAACUUGAGGAUAAAAUCCUUGAAUUGGAAGGCAUCUCUCCAGAAUAUUUUCAGUCUGUAAACUUUUCCGGAAAAAGAAGAAAAGUUCAACCACCUCAACAGAACUAUUCACUGGCUGAACUUGAUGAGAAAAUUAGUGCCCUCAAAGAAGCCCUGCUCAGAAAAUCAAGAGACGCAGAACCCAUGGCAACUCACCACCGUGCGUGAACGGCUACGUAGUUAGCAAUGUAGAGUUCGCUGUGAAGUCAAGGUUUAUUUUCAAAUGAGUCCAACUUGUAGCAAGUAAUCUUUAAAUAUUCCAGGGAGUUUAGAAAUAGUGAAUACAUUAAAAAUUGCAUUGUGGAAUUGUUUUUCCUUCUGUUAUAAAGGAGCUAUUUUGGAAAGUGAAAAACCUAAUUUGAAGGUACUUUUUUGGGGGUGGGGUCACUGUUAUUUGUGGACCACAGAAAGGAGGAUUUAUUUUGCAUAGUUAUAUUUAAGCGGACUUUAUAUUUGUAACCAACUUAAUCAGUACCUUUUACAUAACAAUCAUUUGACCAAAAAAGUUAACUGAGUUUUAAAUGCAAAAACCUGGUCUGCUUUUUCCUUUUCAAAUAUCAGACAGUUAUAAUGUAAAUAUAUACUGUAUUGUUUCAUACUCA